AUGUGUCAAUAUCGUAAGGUUCUCUACCAAUGCAACCAUUCCACGACCUCCCCUUCGCCUCAAGAACUCUGCCAGGAGCAGAAAGACUACGAGUCAGGCCAGAGGUCGGAAGCGUGCACUAUCGUAGAGACCCACGCACGAAUUAAUGUCAGAAUUCCACAACUAUGUGAUGCUUGCCAUGAACGCAAGGAAACUACCGAUAGGCAGUUUCAGUCGAUCAAAGAGCGUCUAGGAAUCAUGAAGGACCUGCUCAAGGCGAAGCACGACUUAUGCAAGGAACAUUUAGAUGAGGCGGGAGUAGAUUCCGAGGAGGGUGAACCGUCAAUUUCGCCUUCAUCGAUCGAAUCGUGCAUUGAUGGCCUUACUUCACUUGAGGAGUUCCUGAAGAUGAAGAUGGAAGAAGAGCAUGCCCAUAUGAUGAUGCUGUGGGAUUACAGGUAA